ACAGAGCCGCUGUUUAGGUUUUUUUGAGGCGGAAGUCGGAGUUGCCGAGCCGGGGCGGAGUACAACUCCGCGUCCCCGAAAGCGUCACACCAUCUCCACGUCGACCGCGGACCCGGCGUGGUCACGUGAGAGGAGAAAGCAAGUUCAAUCAGAUGACCUGUCACAGGAAGGGGCCAAAAUGGAAAGCCGGUGAAAAGGAAAAGGAAAAGGAAAAGGAAAAGAGAUUCAUGGUGGAGUCACAAUGUCCUCCAAGAGGUUGUAUAAUGAAGACUACAAUGAUUACAGUUCAACAGAUGUAACUCCUGAUGGCAGUUUUCCAGAUGGCUUGAACAAUAUUUCCAGUCCAUCAUCCUACCAACGAUUUGGAGAAACAAAUGGAACAACAUGGUACCAAACCUUAAUACAUCUCUUGAAAGGAAAUAUUGGUACUGGCCUGUUAGGACUUCCGUUAGCAAUCAAAAAUGCUGGUAUUGUGCUGGGUCCCAUCUGCUUGCUUGUGAUUGGAAUCAUCGCAGUACAUUGCAUGGACAUCCUCGUUAAAUGUGCUCACCACCUGUGCCAGAAGCAUCAAAAGCCAUUUCUGGAAUAUGGGGAUGCUGUGAUGCAUGGGCUAGAAGCUAGUCCCUUUUCAUGGCUCAGAACUCAUUCUAUCUGGGGAAGGUACCUAGUGGGUUUUUUCUUACUGCUUACUCAGCUGGGAUUCUGUUGUGUAUAUUUUGUGUUCCUUGCUGACAAUUUUAGACAGGUAAUAUCUGCUGCCAAUGGUACCACCAAUGAUUGCGGAGUCAAUGAAACUGCUCUGUGGGCUCCAACGAUGAGCUCUCAGUUAUAUAUCCUGUCCUUCUUACCAUUUGUGAUAUUGCUCGUCUUCAUCCAGAAUCUCAAGAUUCUUUCCAUUUUCUCUAUGGUGGCCAAUAUUCUGAUGUUGAGCAGUUUGAUAAUGAUAUAUCAGUACAUUGUCUGGGACAUUCCAAAUCCUAGCGAUCUGCCUAUGGUUGCUGCCUGGAAAACAAUGCCUCUCUUUUUUGGUACAGCCAUUUUUGCCUUUGAAGGCAUUGGAGUGGUGCUCCCUCUAGAAAACAAAAUGAAGAACCCCCAGAACUUUCACACUAUCCUGUAUGUGGGAAUGGCAAUUGUUACCACGUUCUACCUCAGCUUGGGAACACUAGGAUAUUUGCGCUUUGGAGCUAACAUCCAGGCCAGCAUCACACUCAAUCUCCCCAACUGUUGGUUGUACCAGUCUGUCAAGCUGCUCUACUCCCUCGGAAUCUUCUUCACUUAUGCUCUGCAGUUCUAUGUUCCUGCAGAAAUAAUAAUUCCUGUGGCUGCUUCCAAGGUCCCUGAACGCUGGAGAUUAUGUUGCAAACUGCUGCUGAGAGUACUCCUGGUCUGCAUAACAUGUGCCCUCGCAAUACUGAUUCCUCGCUUGGACAUUGUCAUAGCUCUGGUAGGCUCUGUGAGUAGCAGUGCUCUAGCACUUAUUAUUCCACCCCUCUUGGAGAUCUUCACCUAUUAUUCGGAAGGCCUGCACCCGCUCAUCCUGGCCAAAGAUAUUCUCAUCAGCCUCUUCGGUAUUAUUGGCUUUGUUGUGGGGACAUAUGAAUCCCUCCAUGAAUUGAUUGUACCAACUGUGUCCAAUGCCACUGUUGCUUUACCAUGACACUGUAACCUGUUUUCACUUUGAAAAGUUAUCUGCCAUUCGGAUGGACCUUGAGUUUCUUCAUAGCAACUGCAGGAACUUGGGGCUCCUCCUCGCUUUCCAAAUCUAUUUAUUUUAUAGAUUCAACAAGUAAGGAUAUGGUUAAAAAGGAAGGGGCUCUUUUUUAGGUCUCUUAUUUAUUUAUGCUUCUUUUUUUGUAUGGGGUUGAUUUAGGAGACAUAUAAAAAAAAAAUAGGUGCUCUUUUAUGAUUAUCCCUAUCUGGAAGAAACUGAAUGUCUUGCAAGCAUCUUGGAUUUUACUAGACUUCUGGAUCAAGAGUAGUCAAAGUUGGGAGAAUUAGGAGUGCUAAUACUCCUCACCAGAUGAUUUUUAUGAAGCCUUUUGAGCAUCAUGUUAUAGUUCAUUUUUAUUUUCAUUGUUCUUGUUUUUAAACUAUUCUAGGCUAUCAAUUUAGAAAUGAUAUGUCUCAUUUCUAAAGUAAAUUCCUCCUUUUGGAUAGUUGCAUGUAAAGUGAAAUAGAGCUUGGGAGUAGUAGCUAACACAGAAGAAGGAAGUGGAAAUGAAACUUGAUGUAUAAUAUUAAAAAUGGAUGCUGUAAGUCCAUGCUCCUAUCUCAUGAAGUUCUGUGUCUAUUGAUAAUAAUACUGAAACUUAAAAACAGCAUCAAGCUAUAUAAUUUAUAAUUCCCAGGCAACACCAAUUGGACUGCAUAUAAAAAGGGAAAUAAGUUUUAUAUUGCUAAGUCCAGCACUCUGCCAGUUUGACUCUAUAGCAGGGUUCAUAUCAAAUUGCUGUGAAAAAAAGAUAUGCAUGUGAGCUGGACAGGAGAUUGAAAAGUGUUUUUAAAGAUUUUUUUUAUAGUUGUGUAAACAACAGGAUAUUAUAAACCAAUUCUCUGUUGUAAGCUUUUGCUUUGUUGUAGCUUCAAGGAACAUUCGCAAGCGUACAUUUCGAAAAAUGCCUUGAAUGUCAUAAUUAUAAUCCAAGUUCAUGUAAACAAUAAUUUCACAUGAGUAUAUAUGUAGAUACACUAUGAAGCAAAAAGUGAGUCAGAUGCAUAGUUGUAACUUCUGAAUUAUUUUCCUUCUGUAUUAUGGAAACACUUUGAGACCUACUUAGCAAUCAUAGCCAAUUAGCAUGUGUACAUAGGUUAAAUUCAUGGGCCCAACUUUCACGGUUUUCUUAUUUCACAUAUAAGAGGCCCUGAAAGGCUAGCCAAU